GAGUCUGUAUAUAAAAGUGUUUGUGACGAAAUGGAGACUGAGAAGAGUAUCAUAAUGCAGAACACACAGAGACUUUCCCCGUAUGAUGAUUUAUUCUAUGCCAAGGUGUUAAUAGGAGGAGAAGUGGAAGUGAGAGCUAUGCUUGACAGUGGAUCCAUGGCUUGUACCUUGAGCUCUAGGGUCUUACCUGAACUGUUGCAUGCAGGAGUGUUGAAAAGUCCAUCAUUGAGUCCUACAGAGGUAGUCUUGGUUGGUUGUGGUGGGUUGAAGACGAGGCCUUUGGGAGUAUGUGAGCUGGAGAUGGAGGUGUACGGAUGUAGAGUUGCUGUGCCUACACUGGUGGUUGAAGGCCAGAGUGAUGACCUCAUCUUGGGCAGCAAUCUCCUAAAGCACUUGAUUCGCCACCUGAAGACGGAUGGAGAUCUCUGGAAGAGGGUUUAUACUCCUGUGUGUGAUGGGGGUGAGGAGAGCAAGCUAAUCGACAUGAUGGCUAAUGUGGAGAGAUGGAGAGACUGUGAAGUACCUGACAAAGUUGGAACUGUGAGACUAAAAGGGGCUGUGACUCUAGAGCCUAUGCAGGAGCACUUAGUCUGGGGCAGACUACGAAACACUCAGAAUCUAUCAGUUGGCAGUGCUGUUGUCAUUGAGCCCAGCAGUUCAAGGUCAACACCAAGGUCAAUACUGGUAGGGAGGACAGUAGCUCUAUUGCGGGGGGAUGGGUGGCUCCCUGUUAGAGUGAUAAACCCUUCUCAGAAGACAGUGACAUUGAGACGAAACGCCACUCUAGCCGAUGUCUUUCCUUGCAUGGCCCUAGAGGAUUUUGACUGUUCGUGUAUGAAUGAUGAUUCAUCAGCAGCUUUCCAGCAGCAAGUGCAGAGAACGGCUGAUAUACUCACUGACUGCCAAGAUGACUUGACACUGACUGACGGUUCCAGCCAACUUCACGAUACUGACGGACCUGACAGUUCAAGCGAUCCUGAGGUCUUACGUGACUUAGGGUUGACUGAUAUUGAUGUCUCCUCCUGUCAAGCGUCUCCUGCUGGUAAGAAGAAACUCAUCCAGCUCAUAGCUGAGUACCAGUCUAUUUUUUCCAGGCACAAGUUGGACUGUGGAAAAGCUUCCGGAUGUCUUCACCGCAUUCAACUGAGUGAUGAGAAACCCUUCCGGAUGCCCUACCGACGCCUUUCACCAAAUAAUUAUGAGAAGCUCAAACAAGCAUUGAAUGAGAUGGAAGAACGUGAUAUCAUAAGGAAGUCUAGUAGUGAGUUCGCCUCUCCCCUUGUCCUUGUAUGGAAGAAGUCUGGAGACCUGAGACUCUGUACUGAUUUUCGUUUGCUCAAUGCUCGCACCAUCAAAGACGCCCACCCACUCCCUCACCAGGCUGACGCGCUGGCUGCGUUAGGUGGAAAUGCCUUUUUCUCGACAAUGGACCUUACCUCUGGCUACUACAAUGUGGAAGUGCAUGAGGAUGACCGGAGAUUCACAGCUUUUACGUCGCCAUUUGGAUUGUACGAAUACAAUCGAAUGCCACAGGGGUUAUGUAAUAGUCCGGCAACCUUUAUGAGGAUGAUGCUAAACAUCUUUGGGGAUCAGAACUUUCUUAGCCUGCUGUGUUACCUUGACGAUGUCUUGGUCUAUGCGCCCACUGAAGAUCUGGCUAUACAGCGCCUGGGAAUGGUUUUUGAGCGUCUCAAGGCUCACAACCUGAAGUUGGCGCCAAAAAAGUGUAACUUUCUGCAGACGUCUGUGAAGUUUCUGGGGCAUAUCAUUAGUGCGGAUGGUGUAGCUACAGACCCUGAGAAGGUGAGGGCCAUUACAGGAGUAACAGAAGCUGAUCUGAUGAAAGAUGGCACUGACAUUCCAUCUCAGAAGAAAUUGAGGUCAUUCCUUGGGAUGGUGGUGUAUUAUCAACAGUUCAUUGAAGGUUGCUCGACCAUUGCAAAGCCUCUCUUUGGAUUGACUACUGGACACAAGGCUCCACGCUGGAAAAAGAAGCGAAGCUCACCUGUCAGGAAGUUGACGGCUGCUGACUGGACAACAGAAUGCAGACAGGCCUUAUUCCAGCUAAAGCAAGCCUUACUGGACCAGGUUUUGUUGGCCCACCCCAACUUCGAAAAACCCUUUCUACUCUCGGUGGAUGCAUCCAGCAAUGGCUUAGGUGCUGUGCUAUCUCAGGUGCAGGAACCGGGAGCUACAGCAAGACCUAUAGCCUUCGCGAGCAAGUCUCUCAGCUAUGCACAGUCGAGGUAUCCUGCGCACAGGCUCGAGUUCUUUGCCAUGAAAUGGGCUAUCUGUGACAAGUUCCACCACUGGCUACGGGGUCAGCAGUUCACGGUAUGGACGGAUAAUAAUCCCUUGACAUACAUUCUGACCAAAGCAAAGCUUGAUGCUUGUGAACAGAGAUGGGUCGCCAAGCUGGCACCGUACGAGUUUGACAUUAAGUACAUCCCUGGAAAAAUGAAUGUUGUUGCAGAUGCUUUGAGCAGAGAGCCCUUCGUACGACCCAGUGCACUCCAUCGCCUGACAAGGGUCCCGUACGAGACCUUACUAGCUGAAGCCGACGCUGUGCGCACAGACAGAGUGCAAGAUGUGUUUCGCUGGUCCAGCCACCCCUUUGACAAAGCCUCUGACUCCAACGAAGUGGUCAUUAGCUGUCAGGCUACUGUUGACCCCCCAUCUGGUGCUUUAUCAAGACAUGAAGUUGCAGCUGUUCUUCAUUCACACAGGUGCUGGGUGGGUGAAGUGGGCUCACAUGCACUGCUGUUGCCACAGCUCCCACAGGCUGUUAUGCCAUCAGAGCAGACCGAUGUCGAUGUUCUGCCACACGACCUACUGAUGAGUAAGCAGCGUGAUGACAACGUGAUCAGCAAAGUCAUCUUCUUUGUGGAGAGGGGGAGAAGACCAUCCCGGAGAGAGCGUGCCCAUGAAAGUGUUGAGGUUUUGUGUCUUCUCAGAAGUUGGGACAAGUUGACUAUGAAGAUGGGUGUACUGUAUCGUGUUUCGAAGAAUGUGGUUACAAAGAGGAAAAUGUAUCUGUAUGUGGUUCCAGCCUCCAUGAAAGCAAUGGUGUUGAAGGGUGUCCAUGAUGAAGCUGGCCACCAGGGCCAACAGAGGACAGUCUACCUGACAAGACAGAGGUUUUUCUGGCAUGGCCUGGAGAGGGAGGUAAAAGCUUAUGUGAAGUGCUGCAGGAGAUGCGUGGUGAGCAAGACUCCUGAUCCGGAAGCAAGAGCUCCUCUUGAGAGCAUAAUAACGACUGAGCCUCUUGAACUAGUGUGCAUAGACUUCUGGUCUGCAGAAGAUUCUUCAAACAAAUCCUUGGAUGUGCUCGUUGUUACUGACCAUUUUACCAAAUUGGCUCAUGCCUUCUUGUGUCCGAACCAGUCUGCUAAGUCAGUAGCUCAUCAGUUGUGGAAUAACUAUUUCUGUGUCUACGGGAUGCCUCGCCGUAUACACUCAGAUCGGGGAGCCAACUUUGAGAGCUCUUUAAUAGCCGAACUGUUGAGUGUUGCAGGCGUUCAGAAGUCUCACACCACGCCGUACCAUCCGAUGGGGAACGGGUCCUGUGAAAGGAUGAAUAGGACUUUGGGAAACAUGAUCCGGGCCCUGCCAACGAGAGCAAAGCACAGAUGGCCUCAGGCGCUGAAGUCCCUUACGUUUGCAUACAAUUGUACAAUCCACGAGACCACAGGCUUUGCCCCGUUCCUGCUAAUGUUUGGGAGGACGCCAAGACUGCCUGUUGACAUAGUCUUUGGCUCUGUCAUAGAGAACCCAGAAGUUGUCGACUAUGACCAGUUUGUUCAGUCUUUGAGGAGAGAUCUGAAAGAAGCCAUGAAUGCAGCACAGGCAUCUGCAGCGAAGCAGUUGAAGAGGCAUGCUGACCUUUAUGACAGAAGAGUCAGAGGAGCACCAGUGGAGAUUGGGGAUCGAGUAUUGCUGGCUAACAAGGGGGAGCGGGGAAAGCGGAAGCUCGCUGACCGUUGGGAGGAUACUGUCUACCUUGUCACUGGAUUGAAUGCUGACAGUCAAACUUUUAUGAUUCAGAACAGCUCCACUGGACGGGAGAAGACGGUACAUCGCAACCUGAUAAUGCCAGUCAACUAUCUUCCUCUUCCCCAUGCUGCGGUUGAGGAGGGAACAGACAUGUCUGGAUUAACAGAGUCUGAGGACAUGAAUGACAGCCUUGUGGUCUCAGCUGCCAUGGACACUGCAGUAAAUGAUGGUGCUGAGUACAGAACCAGAGUAUGGGUGUCAGAGUUGUCUUCUGAAGGAACAGGUGACACAAGCCUGGAGGGUGAUGUGCGAUCCUUGGAUGCUCAGGAUAUUCCACCUUUGGAUUCCGUGGAUGAUAUACUGCAGUUGGAAGGUCUGCCUCGAUCAGAGAGUCUUCAAGAAUCUGACCGAGACUGUAACAGUGUAGUGAGUGAGCUAAUUGACCAGUCUGCUUACGAUAUCCGUACUGACCUACCAAAUGCGGACCAUUCCUUACCUGAUCAGUUACGUACUGACUGUGUUGACGGACACACUAUUGCAACAGUACACAACACUGUUACCCCUUAUGCAGUUGAAGGUAGUCGGGUCAUAUUAGGUCAAGGGCAGGAAGGCUAGUUAAACCAGUGUCAAGACUGAUUGAGAUUAUGAAUCAGCAGAAAGUUAGCUCUUGAAGGUUAAAUAUGUGAAUAGAGGGUCAAUGGUAUUGACAUCUUUUAUUUGUUUUGCUUUUACAUCACUGUGACCGUGAUUAGAGGUUGCAGGAUGGUAAUGUGACAUAUGAUAAAGUCUCUUAUGGUGGUUUAUUUUAUUACUUGGAUGUUUUAAAGUCACCGAGUGUACAUAACAUGUGACAGGCAUGUUUACCUAUGAGGGCUAAGGGGAUUGAUCAAUCGCUUUUCACUCUAAUUCUCAAGGAGAAUAGUCUAAUGAC